AUGAAGCACACGUUCACCUUCGCACUCGCUGCGCUCGCCCUCGAUGUGACUGCAUCUCCUCUCGAGGCGCGCAAGACAAUCUACUACCCAACCAAGGCGACUGGCAGCGAAAAGAUUCCCGUGCUCGUUUGGGGUAACGGAGCCUGCAGCACGGAUGGAGUCUCAAACUCUGCGCUUCUCCAGAACAUUGCGUCGUACGGAUUCCUCGCCAUUGCCGAGGGCGGACCAAACGGCGGCGGUACAUCGAAUGCGCAGACAAUGAAGCAGUCGAUUGAUUGGGUCACACAGAAUGCUGGCAAGGGUGCUUACGCCAACGUGGAUGCUACCAAGAUCAUGGCCGCCGGCUUCUCGUGCGGUGGCGUUGAGGCCAUUGACAACAUCUGGGACAGCCGUGUUGACACCAUUGGUAUCAUCAGCUCAGGUCUGUUGACCAACUACACUGCCGCGAGUAACUGGAGGAAGCCAGUUUUGUUCGUGGUUGGAGGACAGGGCGACAUUGCGUACCCGAACAGUGAGCGCGACUACAAGAACAUUCCAGCCGGCGUUCCUACUUGGAAGGGCAACAUCAACGUCGGCCACGGAGGUACUCUCGGUGAUGCCAACGGUGGUCGAUUCGGCAAGGCUAUCCUCAACUGGAUGCUGUGGACCCUGAAAGGUGACACCAAUGCUGCCAACUACUUCACCAGCGGCUACCAAGCGGACGGCUACCAGGUGGAGUCCAAGAGCCUGAACACGUUGAAGCCGUUCUAAGCUGGCCAAUGAGGGCUUUCGCGGCUCGAAUUUCGCUGAUCUUGGUUGCUGCGACGUGGCAAACACGCUUCUGAUGUAUAUAUUGUCAAUAUAAAUAUGUGUGAGC